GGAAAGAUAAUUUAUCAAUGGAGCCUAAUAACUGUCAAAGUCAUUCCUGUACAAUGUCCAAAGUCUAUGCUUACGAUCUCCAUAGAAGUUACGAAUUUUGGAGCACAGAUGAGAUGAUCCCCACUAUGUGCCCUCUGCCAAGUCACUACACAGUGGUACCAGAGCAGAACUUGCCUUUGAACCUCCAAUGGGACCUCCCGCUGAUUAGAUACAAGCCUCAACCGCGUUACGAGAAACCACCGUACUCUUACAUCGCUUUAAUAGCCAUGGCUAUUAAUUCUUCGCCUAAGCAGAGGCUCACCCUCUCCGGCAUCUACAGAUUCAUUAUGGAUAAAUUCCCUUAUUAUCGGGAGAACAGACAGGGGUGGCAAAAUAGUAUAAGACACAAUUUGAGUCUGAACGAUUGCUUCGUCAAGGUGCCGAGAGAUAAAGUGAUCGGCAGUGAUAACGAGGAAGAUCAGGCUGGUAAAGGAAGCUAUUGGACUUUGGAUGCUUCGGCCAAUGAAAUGUUUGAGCAUGGAAAUUAUAGGAGACGAAGAAUGAGAAGGCAUCGGCAGGAGAAACAGGAGCAAGAUAGGACAGUCUCGGUUUCAUCCGAGGUCUCGUCAAAAUCGACCGAGACGAAAGACACCGAAGAGAACGUGAAAUACAUCGGAAGUCAAGGGCAUUGCUUGAAAUCGAUGAUGUUCACGAUUGAGAAUAUCCUACGAAAAUCAUCUACUGAAUCUUCUAUUUAACUGUUUUAGUGUGAACUGAAAUAUAUAAAAGAUCACGUUAUUGAAAAUAAUUCGUUCCAGUGCAAAUGAAUACUGUUUGUUUAUUAUAAAAAUGUUCUCGUGAUAGAUUUUAAUUAUACAUUCGAUAUUCCAUAUAAAGUCCUAUUUA